CGCACGCACGCAUAGAGCGCGCCAUGGAUGCCGCCAGCGAGGCUGCGGAGAGCAACAAAAGCAAGCUACAGAGCCCGCUGCUGCAGCACGGGGCGGGCAAGCAGCUGGAGAGCAUCCUGAGCGACGAGUCGGUGGCGUGGGCGCGGGCGCGCGGCGGAUGAGGCGGUGGAGAUGCGGGUGCUGGUGCGGCAGUGGCGCCCGCCGUGCUGGUGUACAUGAUCAACUACCUCAUGUCCAUGUCCACGCAGAUCUUCUCUGGCCACCUCGGCACGCUGGAGCUCGCCGCCGCCUCCCUCGGCAACACCGGCAUCCAGGUCUUCGCAUACGGCCUCAUGCUUGGCAUGGGGAGCGCGAUGGAGACGCUCUGCAGGCAGGCCUACGGCGCGAACAAGUUCGACAUGCUGACCAUCGACAUGCAACGCUGCACCGUGCUGCUCAUGGCCACUGGCGUCCCGCUCACCGUUAUGUUUACAUUCUCUCGCCCGAUCCUCGUCCUCCUCGGCGAGUCACCGGAGAUCGCCCCCACGGCUGUGUUCGUCUACGGCCUCAUCCCGCAAAUCUUUGCCUAUGCGGCCAACUUCCCGAACCAGAAGUUCAUGCAAGCGCAGAGCAUCAUGGCACCGAGUGCCUACAUCUCCACGGCCACGCUCGCCGUCCACCUCGCCCUCAGCUACCUCGUCGUCUACAAGCUUGGGUUGGGCCUCCUAGGGGCCGCGCUCGUGCUCAGCAUCAGCUGGUGGAUCAUCGUCGUUGCGCAGCUGGUGUACAUCAUCACCAGCAGCCGAUGCCGCCUCACGUGGACUGGAUUCUCCCUGCAGGCAUUCUCCGGUCUGCCGGAGUUCUUUAAGUUGUCCCUUGCAUCUGCUGUCAUGCUCUGCCUCGAAACGUGGUACUUCCAAAUACUCAUGCUCAUUGCUGGCCUCCUCAAGGACCCCGAAUUGGCUCUCGCGUCGCUCUUCGUCUCCAUGACCAUUUCAGGAUGGGUGUUCAUGGUUUCAGUUGGAUUCAAUGCGGCAGCCAGCGUGAGGGUUAGCAAUGAGCUUGGCGCGGGCAACCCCAAGUCGACAGCAUUCUCGGUGCUAGUAGUGACAUUCUUGUCGUUCGUCCUGGCAGUGACAAUAUCGAUAGUUAUCCUGCUCUUCCGUGACUACAUCAGCUACACUUACACCGGUGGCCAAGAUGUGGCGGCGGUUGUGUCCAAGUUCACACCGCUCUUGGCGCUUACCCUCAUCCUCAACGGCAUCCAGCCCGUAUUGUCAGGGGUGGAUGUGGGUUGUGGAUGGCAAGCGUUCGUCGCCUUCGUCAAUGUCGGUUGCUACUACAUUGUCGGCAUUCCCCUAGGCUGCCUCCUUGGCUUCUACUUUGACCUUGCUGCGGCGGGCAUAUGGAGUGGUAUGAUUGGAGGUACCCUAAAACAAAUUGUGAUCCUUGUGUGGGUUACCUUGAGGAUAGACUGGAAGAAAUAG